AUGUGGCAGCUGUUCAUGGGGCUGCAGGAUAUGGAGGUGCAGUAUGUGGCAGCUGUUCAUGGGGCUGCAGGAUAUGGAGGUGCAGUAUGUGGCAGCUGUUCAUGGGGCUGCAGGAUAUGGAGGUGCAGUAUGUGGCAGCUGUUCAUGGGGCUGCAGGAUAUGGAGGUGCAGUAUGUGGCAGCUGUUCAUGGGGCUGCUGCAGGAUAUGGAUGGAGGUGCAGUAUGUGGCAGCUGUUCAUGGGGCUGCAGGAUAUGGAGGUGCAGUAUGUGGCAGCUGUGCAUGGGGCUGCAGGAGGAUAUGGAGUGCUCCGUCCCUGUCGCCGUAGGAAGAACUGCGACGCUGAUUUCUAUCGUGACUUGAGUGUUCGCGUGGCAUAA